AUGAUAGGCCCAUCAAUUCCCAAGGAUAUAUUAGAAAAGAGGAGGAAACAAAGCGAUAAGAAAAACACCGAAAAUGACAGUAGUGAUGAAAGUGACGAUGAGAUUGUAGGACCACUGUUACCGGAGACCAUUUACAACAAGAGCAUUAAUCUGGAACAAAUAGCGGAUAAGAAAGAAGAAAAGAAAGCUCAACAUGACGACUCUAAGACUGUUGAAGCACAGACGCUUCAUAUGGAACAAAAUAACCUAUCGCAAUACCCAAUACGAGAAAGGCAAACUCUAUUAUCAAAGCACAGAGCCAAAAAUACGGGUAAGAAUAAGGUUACCAAAUUUGACAGUAAGGAAAACCUCAAUAGUGAGAUAAGGAAAGAGAUACUACGAAAGUUAGACCAAAACGGUGGCUUGGAAGGAAAAUUCACUAGGGGUUCAUAG